AUGGCUUCUCCAGAAGAGCCUCCAUAUUAUGUCCUCAUCUCUCACAACUCUCUCCUGAACAAUGUAUCAGUUCCCGCAUCGUCGUCGCUUGCUCAUCCUAGUGUCAUCCAGUACCACUACGCGGACGACUCGCCACAUGCUUUACUGCCGCAAUAUCCUGGAGAGCAUAUCCUCGUCUUAGACUAUGAUCCGAGCAAAUUGACUCUACCCACAGUUAAGAGUCUCUCUUCGGAUUUAGCGGUAUCAGGCUUGAGGGUCACGGACGCUCCUGGUGCUGGGGCUGCCGAUGACGAACCCAAGAGGAACGACAAGAUGUAUAUUUUAGAGACAACGGCUGUGUUAGAAGAGAAGUGCAUCAGCGUGGAAGAUAAUGACAAUCCAUCACCGCAUUCGAUUCUUGCUCGCUUCAAGCAGCGUAAUACCAUCUUAAGACGUGCUCUGCAGUAUCCUGAAGCAGAUCCCGAAGACCAAUCAGACACUGAACCCAUUUUGGCGUCACCGCCAGAACCGCCAGUACUGUCGCAGGGUCUCCCGACGUAG